CAAGAGAAUUAUAAUUUUUGUUUUGUUAUCAACAAUGGCUUCCGAGCAAGCAAGAAGAGAGAAUGUUACUGAUGAAACGAAACUCCAACUUGAGAAAGAUAGAGUUAAUAAAAUGGCUAGUCAUUUUGAGUCUCUAGCUGAUAAAGUUCAUGAGGAUACAGAAACUUCUCCUGAUGUUGUUCAUGUCAAGACUACUGUUACUAGUAGUGUUCCUUAUCAAGAACAUCAAACAGAGAAGCAACGAUCAUCUGAUAUAAUGGAUAAAACUCAAGAGAGGAAGCAACAAGUAUUUCAAGAGAAACCAGGCGGUGUUAAAUUUGGAGUUCAGGGCCAAGAACACGAAGAUUCCGACAUAAACAGAGGAAAACAGAGCAAAGGUGGUGCUGAAGAGACGAAAGGUGGUCCAUCAUUGGAGGAAAUUUCUCAGUACAGAGCAACAGCACAGGAGAAUUCGAUGAACGCGAUAAGGGCUGCUGAAGAGCGGUAUGAAAAGGCAAAGGAAAUGGGUGGUUCUACAUUGCAGAAUGUUAAAGAAUCUGCAACUCAUGGACUUGGUGCUACGGGUACUUAUGCAGCAGAAAAGGGUGCACAAGCUAAAGACACCAUUACUCAAGGCCUGCAAAAGGGAACUCAAUAUGUUGCUGAAAAAGCUGGAGCUGCUAAAGACGUCGCCCUCGAAAAAGGCCAACAAGCUUAUGCUGCAACUAAGGAUACCCUUUCGGGUGCCGGACAAACUGCAGCUCAAUCAGCUCAACAAGCUAAAGAUUACACUAUGGAAAAAACAGGGGAUACCAAAGAUUACACAAUGCAAAAAACAGGGGAAGCUAAAGAUUUUGUAGCCCAAAAAAGAGGGGAUACAAAAGACUACACUUCACAAAGAACAGGGGAGGCCAAAGAUUAUGUUGCUCAAAAAACAGGGGAAAUUCAAGAACAGAGCAAAGGUGCAGCAAGUUAUGUAGGAGAAAAGGCAGCACAAGUUAAAGAUGUUACAUUAGAAACAGGGAAAGGCGCGGUAGGAUACGCAGGGAAAGUAGCAGAAACAGUGAAGGACAAAGCGGUUGUAGCUGGAUGGGGAGCUGCACAUUUCACUGCUGAAAAAGCUGCAGAUGCAACUAAAGCUAUAGCUGGUGUUACUUCUACUGUUGCAGGGUAUGCCGGAGGAACGACGGUGGCCGCGAAGGAUUUGGUUGUUGAUGCUGGAAAGAAAACAGUGGGAUUUGCAGAGGAUACGUUGGCUGCUGCGAAGGAUUAUGUAGUUUCAGCUGAGGAAAGUGCAGCAGAGUAUGCAGCUAGGAAAAAAGCAGAAGCAGAGAGAGAAUUAGAAGCUAAGAAAUUACAAGAAGACACCAAGGGAGAAAACAGAAGAGGGUUUAUUCCAGGAGAAAAGGUUGAAAGAAGAAAGGAGAAAACAGAAGAAUCCUACUUCGAGGAAGAAGAGGAGUCGGGAGUCGGAAAAGAAAGCAAGCCGGUGGAAGGUGCAGCGGUGGUGUUGCAAGCCAUUGGCGAAACUAUAGUUGAGAUUGGGAAAACAACUACUGAACUUGUUGCAGGUCGCGGUGGAGAUGAACCAGUUGUGGGAAUUGAGAAAGAGUCUACUACCACAAUCAAGAAAACUUGAGAUGACAUAUAUCGUUUCGUUUUGAUUUGGUUUUCGAUUGGUUUUGUUUUUCUGGACUAUUGAAUAAUAAUUAGCAUAAAUCGCGUAGACUUGUGUACUAUGUAUGUUCUCAUGUUAAUAGUAGUGUUGUUCUCUUGUC